AAAGCUGAUCUUCCUUUGCAGAUAUACGGUUGUAGAACAUACUGAAUUCCGUGCAUUGAUAACAGGGUAGUGGUAAAAGUUAUCCGGGCCUGUUUCAUCGAAUUUCAAAGUAAAAGCAAACUCUUUCCGCGUUCCUGGAAGCUUUAUUCAAAGCGCUCUAUUCUAUGUUGCGUUAAUGACGUCACAAAGAAGUACAACCAGAACAUCGGUGGUUGUCUCCGUUCUAGUAUUGCUAUUCUGGUGUCAGGUGUUCUAUACGAGCAAAGCUGAUGGCGCUACUGUGGAGCUAAAUCGGGAGGCAAAAGUACGAAGCAAACGCCAUGUUGCUGACAUGCUCAUCACUGAGAAGGUAUCCAGGGUGAAGCGGGGACAUAAUAAAAAUCUUCUGUUGAGUCGAAUCCUACAACUAACUGAUGCUUCUACUGGAGGUCACUGUCAAUGCAUUCUGCAACAAAAAGCAGUAAAGCAAGGCUGCGAAUGCAACGAACCAAUUCUAUAUCUUCGCAUGAUACGGAAGAUUACAGAUCCCAAAAUGAAACUUGGCCAUGGAUCUGAUGCCACUGAGUUGGAUCGACUGCUCGCCCGUAUGAAGCCAAAUAUGAAAAGAGCGGUGCUUCACCUAGCGAUUAAUGAAUUUCAGCGACUGCUCCGCGAGGUGGAGGUAGAGCGCACCAGGCGUGGGAGAAUCAUUCGCCAACUGAUAAGACGUCGGCGGAAGUUACGUCAUCAUCCCCGUAGCGCGUUUGACGGAAAACAAUUAUUUUCGUUCUAAUAUUUUAACCAUUCGCCGUUGUAUUUUUAUUCUUGUUAAUAUUUAUUUUUGACCCUCAAGGGGCGGUGUUAUUUGUUGUUAUGACGUCACCGUUUAGUAUGUGACGUCACGAUGUAGUGGGCCUCGUAUAUAGAAGACAAAAUGUUACCAUGACAUUACAUUUAAGAUAUAUAUUCCAAUGCUCAUAUAUAGUAUUAUAGCGGAAGAUGGACAUUGAUACCAAAUAGUAUCUCCAAUUUCAUAAUGGGGGUUUUUAUGUAUUAACAACGCUCUUUUAGAGUCGUGACGCUGCGGUAUAUGGUUCUGUUAAUGUUAUUUGUUUACUAUCAAAUUGGAGGAAAAUAGAGAAUGAAAACAUGUACCAUCUUACCCCAACCUCCAAAAUAGAAGCAUCAAAUGAUUUUCUCAUACUGCGUUUAUUAACGCGAAUUAAUGACUCUCUAUUUGCUGACUUCAAAUCGUGUAUAUUACUAAAUGCUCGUGUUAUUCCUAAACUGCUUAUUAUCGGAACUUAUAUUUUGUACGAACUAAAUGUGUACAGUUUACUGAAACCUAUUGCGAGUUUUAUUGUUAAUAGUUAUUAUACGUAGUAUAGUUGUUAGCAUGGUUGCUUACUAAUUAAAAGCAAAUAAACAACCCUGUUUGU